GGAAUAUCAAGUGAACUUGAUUUUUAAUUAUUUUAUUAGAUUGUUCAGUUUACUCAUUUGUUGAGUUUAAAUUAAUUUAAUUGCUGUUUCAUUGUUUUUGGUUGAUUUUUUUAAUUGUUCAUCGUCAUUUUCAUUGACUUGUGUGGUUUUCAUUGGAAUGGAUUUUAUUGAUUGGGAAUAAUUAGCUGAUUUUUGGUUAAUGAUUUGAUGUUCAAGUUUAUUGUAGUGAUCAGAGGAUUAUCAAGUUACUAUGUUCAAGUUGAUUGUCAACCGAGCUUUUGUUAGAAAGUUACUACGUUCUAAUGAAAGUCAAUGUAACAAUUUCUCAAGACAAUGGAGGCAAUUUAAUCGACAAUCAAAUAACCACCGAAAAGAAAGUAGAUUAUUUGACAAAUUUUCUCCUAAACUUUGGUAUUUUGCUUCAUUUCUAUCGAUUGGUUAUCUAUUCAAAGAUCAUUAUGAUCUAGUUACAGUUCAUGCUUUCAACUAUUCUAAAGAAUCAACAAAAAUUGCUCUUUUCUUUGAAGCCUGUCAAACUGGAGAUUUAUCAACAGUUAAAUCAAUUAUCCAUGAAAGUUACAAUUUCGAUGUUAAUAUCCGUCAUCCUUUAGGCUGGACUCCUCUUCAUGUUGCCGCUGUUAACGGUAAUGUUAAAAUCGUUAAAUAUCUCAUCGAGUUGGGUGCCAAUGUAAACAUCGAAGAUUAUUAUACCAUUCGAAGUGCUAAUGAUUUAGCUAAAGUUCAAGUAAGACGAAGUGAAUUCAAUAUACUUCUCAGGCCGAGCAAGAACUACGAAGGUUGUACACCUCUUCAUUAUGCAAUUCUGAUUGAUGAUCUGGAAACUGUCAAGGUGCUAACCGAUAAUGGAGCUGAUCCUUAUUACGCCAAUAAAUUAGGCCAUAAACCGAUUGAUUAUAUUGACCCUGAAAAUCAAUUAAUGGUCGACCAUUUGAAUAGAUAUUCAGCCAAAUAUGAGGAGCUUGAAAAGAAAAGACAAAUGGAAGAGAGGAGGAAAUUCCCUCUCGAGAAAAGAUUGAAACAAUUUAUUGUUGGACAAGAAGCUGCUAUUUCCAUUGUCGCUUCAACAAUUAGACGUAAGGAAAAUGGUUGGUUUGAUGAGGAUCAUCCAUUGGUGUUUCUAUUUCUUGGAUCAUCGGGAAUUGGGAAAACAGAAUUAGCUAAACAAGUAGCUAAAUAUAUUCAUCAAAACAAUUCGAAAGCUUUCAUUCGUUUGGAUAUGUCAGAAUUUCAAUCGAAAGCAGAGGUUUCUCGUUUUAUCGGUUCUCCACCGGGUUAUGUUGGCUAUCAAGAGGGUGGACAAUUGACCAAAGCAUUACAAGAAUGUCCAAAUGCUGUUGUUUUAUUUGAUGAGGUUGAAAAGGCUCAUCCUGAUGUAUUAACAAUCAUGUUACAACUUUUUGACGAAGGUCGACUUACCGAUGGUCAAGGGUCGACAGUUGAAUGUAAAGAUGCGAUUUUCAUAAUGACCUCAAAUCUUGCCAGUGAUGAGAUCGCUGAAUAUGGACUGCAAUUGAGAAAAGAGGCCAGAGCUUUAUCACUGAAGAAAUUAAAUCUAAAUGAAACUGACAUUUCCAAUUCCCUAGGUGAUGUAACGGUUUCAGAAAAUUUCAAGGAGAAAAUAGUUCGGCCCAUUUUAAAGUCACAUUUUCGACGUGAUGAAUUUCUCGGUAGAAUCAACGAAAUGGUCUAUUUUUUACCAUUUUCCGAGAUUGAACUUAACCAAUUAGUAACUAAAGAAUUGGAAAGUUGGUCUAAACGAGCACAAGAACGACAUGAGAUCAAAUUAUCCUGGGAUUCUGAGGUAAUUCAGCUUCUUACCUCAGGUUACAAUGUUCAUUAUGGUGCUCGAAGUAUUAAACAUGAAAUUGAACGUCAAGUAGUUAAUCAAUUAGCCGAAGCAUAUGAAUCAGGAUUAAUCGCAAGUGGAUACGAGGUUCACCUCACCGUUACCGAAGACAAACCCAAAGAUGAAAACGAUAAACCAAAAUCUCACCUGAAAAUGAACAUAAAAAAACCCGGAAAAUUUUUCCGAUCAAGUUAAUUGCUUUUCGUUUGCUCAAUUAAUUGAUAAAUAAUAGAAAACAAAAAGUAAAAGUAAACAAUUUAUUAAGUGUUAAUCAUCUUCUCAAGUUGCACAAUUAACUUUUACUUUUCGAUUUCUAAUUCUACCACCAAUCUUUUCCCUUUCCAAUUCUCCUUCUAAUCCAAGGCCAAUCAUCUGUAGAUAAAUUAACUGUAAAUAUCAUUUAUUUAAUUCUUUCAAAAGUAAUUAAACAAUUCCAUCAAUUA